ACAAAUGGCACUUUUCACAGUUGAUCGGUUGGCGAGCGCGUGUAACACAAUUGUCCUGCGGUCGCGCGGGUGGUGAGAUUUAUAACGUUGGUCGGGCAGAACGGUUGCCCGUUCAGUGAUUAGCUGAAUAGCGCGUCGGAAAAUCGUCGUCAUCGACGGCGGCGAGCUGCGUCGAAUAGGCGAACAUCGAUGGGAAGAUAUCUGUUAGUGAAGUGACCGCAACGAGACGAUUGACAACGAACCUGAACUUAGUGCUGUGUGGCGAAGGAAGGAAACUCCUGAACAAACUGUUGAGUGUAGAAAGUGAAACGGGAGUGGCUUAUUUGGCGUGUUUUGGGAAAGUAAUGCGUAGUGAAUUCGAAAAUUGCAACUACUCAAACCAUAUUCCCCAACAAAUCUGGACGUUUAGAUCUUAGUUUCAACCCGAUAGUCACCGGUUGGGAUGUUGUCUGCUUUCUAAAAUCACCGCAACUGGUGCAUCGGGAGUCAAAUUUAUCGCUCACCUAUAGAGAGCGCAAUCGGUGACGACCAUUAUUCUGAGGGGGCAUCGUCGUCAUCGAUCUCCGGCACAAUGAAACUUGAUCGUUUCGUGAUAACUCGCAUCAGCAACAGCAUUCUGGGACGAUCGAGCAGCAACAAAAUUAGCAACAGCAGCAGCAACAACAACAAUGCCAGCAAGAAUGGGAAAAGUCGCGAGCCGACGGCAACUUUCACCAUCCACGAGAACGGAGGAAGCAACGCGCUGGGUGGUGACUCAACCACGGUGGACUUCAGCGGUCAUACAGUUUCCUCAGUUGCUUCCGACGGCAGUGAGCGGCGCAGUAGCUUGUAUCAUCUGACGAGAGAACCUCUACCACGGUUGGAGUACUAUCGAACGUCUAAAAGAGGAUUAAAACGGCCGUCUAUUGGUGAACUGCAUGGAGAUAAGGAUAGGAAACCGGACGCCAACCAGGAAGACGACAACCCGGAAACGCACGGCCAUGGCAUCAAGCUAGGAUGGAUCGAGGGCGUGCUGAUCCCGUGUCUGCUCAACAUAUGGGGUGUGAUGCUGUUCUUGCGUCUCAGUUGGGUAGUAUCACAGGCCGGAAUUAUCCAUUCGUUGAUCAUCAUCGCCAUUUCGUACCUGGUGUGUGUGAUAACUGCGCUGUCCCUGUCCGCAAUCUGCACCAAUGGUCAGGUGAAGGGCGGCGGGAUAUACUACUUGAUAUCGCGAUCGCUGGGACCGGAGUUUGGAGCAUCCGUUGGGAUAGUGUUUGCCUUUGCCAACUCGGUCCAAGCGUCGCUGAACACGAUCGGUUUCUGCAGCUCGUUGAAUGAUCUGCUAAAAUCAUUCGGAACAAAGAUCGUGGACGGCGGAGUUAACGAUGUGCGGAUCGUCGGCACCAUAGCGAUCAUCGUUAUGGUGAUCAUCUGCGCAGUCGGAAUGGAGUGGGAAGCAAAGGCUCAGAACUUUUUGAUCGUGACCAUCCUCAUUGCGAUUUUCAACUUCUUGAUCGGAGUCAUCGUGGGACCAACGGAUAACGAUCAACUUGCUAAGGGAUUUGUCGGAUUCUCCUCCGAGGUGUUUCAAGAAAACCUCAAGCCAGAUUACCGGUUCAGCGAGAAUACGGAGCAGACUUUCUUCACCGUUUUCGCCAUCUUCUUCCCCAGUGUCACUGGUGUACAGGCUGGAGCGAACAUUUGUGGAGAUCUGAAAGAUCCGGCCACGGCUAUUCCCAAAGGGACAUUGCUGGCGUUGGUCAUUUCAGCAAUUUCUUAUAUUACGUUCGUGUUUUUUGCUGGAGGAGCCGCGCUGCGUGAUGCCUCCGGAAACUUGACAGAUCUUGUUAACGGAACGUUUGUAGCGUGCGCAAAUGGAAGUUGCGACUACGGUAUCCACAAUGACUACACAUCUAUGCAGUUGAUGUCCCUUUCCAGUGCCAUCAUCUAUGCAGGUUGCUUCGCAGCCACAUUAAGUACUGCGUUGACCAACCUGCUGUCCGUGCCAAAGAUCAUCCAAGCUUUGGGCAUCGACCGUAUCUAUCCCGGGCUGAUCUUCUUCUCCAAGGGUUAUGGUAAACAUGGAGAACCAUACCGAGGAUACGUACUUGUCUUUAUUGUAUCUGUAUUGUUCGUCCUCAUCGCGGAUAUCAACGCCAUAGCUCCGUUGAUCUCGAACUUCUACCUGGCAUCGUACGCCCUCAUCAACUUCUGCACGUUCCAUGCGGCGACUGUGAAGGCCCUUGGAUGGCGACCAACCUUCCGAUUCUAUCACCCUUGGCUGAGUCUCAUCGGAUCUAUACUCUGUAUAGUUAUCAUGUUCCAGCUAGACUACACCUUUACCAUAGUCACUAUCGUCAUCAUCUUCGUUCUCUACCUGGUAGUCGUCUAUCGUAGACCGGACGUUAACUGGGGUUCAAGUACGCAGCAGCAAACGUACAAGAAUGCCCUUUCGGCAACGCAAAAACUACAGAACAUUGGAGACCACGUCAAAAACUACCAUCCUUCAGUUCUGGUCCUCGCGGGAAAUCCCAUGAAUCGACCGCCGCUUAUCGAUUUGGCCAACCUUAUCACCAAGAACCACUCACUGAUGAUCGUCGGAGACAUCAUCAACGAACGGCUGUCCCAUCGGAAGCGAACGGAGCUACAUUCGGAAUGCAGGAAAUUUCUGGAAAUCCGUAAAAUUCGUGGAUUCUACCAACCGAUCGAUAGCUUAUCGUUUGAGGAAGGAGUUCAUGCGCUGAUUCAAACGUCGGGAGUUGGCAAGCUCUCGCCCAAUAUUGUCCUCAUGGGGUACAAGUCCGAUUGGAUGACCUGUCCCGUAAAAGAUCUUCUGACCUACUACAACGUGUUGCACGAUUCUUUCGACUGUCGUAUGUCCCUCGCGAUCCUGCGUCUACCCAACGGUUUGGACUUUUCCGACUUGACCACCGAGAUCGUGACCCGAACGGUUCCGAUGCCAAAUGUUCUCGGCAGCAGUAACAAUGCCAUAUCGACGAUCUCCUCCGAUGGAAUGCGUACGCCGCGGAAUCUGAUGCAUGUCGACUCCAACCUCAACUUGGACAGCUUGGGAGGCAGUGCCAACCAGCUGUCGGCAACUCCUCAGAUGGUGUCAACGCCCACCGGUGAAACCUCGGACAUUGCCGAUGACAUCAUCUACUCGACGCGUGGUGGAUCGUGCGUCCCGAAGGAAAUUCUCGAUCGAAUCGGUGUAUUCCAACGAAAGCAACCGAAGGGUACGAUCGACGUAUGGUGGCUGUACGACGAUGGUGGCCUAACCAUGCUGAUUCCCUACAUUAUCUCCAUGCGUUCCAAGUGGUCCCGCUGUAAGAUUAGGGUGUUUGCGCUUACCAAUCGCCAGCUUGAACUGGAAGUCGAAGAACGAAACAUGGCCAACCUCCUCAUGAAACUCCGAAUCGAUUACUCCUCGCUGACGAUGCUUCAGGGGGUAACGGACGCUCCCCGCCAGGAAACCAUCGACAUGCACCAGAAACUGUUGCAGCACUUCACCGACAACGAUGGAACGCAGAUUCCCAUCAGCGAUCACGAACGGAUGGCACUGCAGGAUAAAACCCGUCGACAACUGCGGUUGCGCGAAAUGCUGCUGGAACACUCGAACGACGCCAAUCUGAUAGUGAUGUCGAUGCCUAUGCCGAGAUUGGGUACCGUAUCGGCACCGCUAUACAUGUCCUGGCUGGAGAUGCUAACGAAGGGAAUGCCUCCGUUUUUGUUGGUACGAGGAAAUCAAACGUCGGUGCUAACAUUCUAUUCGUAGAUCGUAGAACGGUACAAACCAGCAAUUUACCUUACCAGUAUUAUGCCAGCGUAGAAUUGUAGAAAAUGGAUAGAAAACUAGUGAUACGCGAAAGAUUUCAAUAAGUUAUUAUCAUGCCAUGUUCAUGCCA